UGCAUUUGUUUUGUUUCUGCAUUGAAAAAAGGUGUUCCAACUCUUCGCUCAGAACAAGUAUUCUCAACAACUGGCACUCAUCACCCCUACAAUUCAUACUCUAGUCUAUCCGAAGUAUAAUUCUCUCAGUUUAAUUUCUACAAUGGCCUCUUCCAUUAUUCUCUUUAUAUUUUCUUCCUUUUUAACUCUCUCAUUCCCUUUGCAAGUUGAACCCAAAAAGCCCAACUCCAAGCCCCAGCCCCAGAUCAUUGUCAUGGGCAUGGUUUACUGUGACUUCUGCUCCAACAACACCUUCACCAAGCACAGCUACUUCUUGCCCGGUGCAGAAGUUAGAAUAGAUUGCAUGUUCAAAGCAAUUUCUCCAAGAACAACAGAACAGAUAUCAUUUUCAGUGAACAGAACUACAAAUAAGCAUGGAAUAUACAAAUUGGAAGUGCCUUCUGUAGAUGGGGUUCAAUGUGCAAGAGAUAAAGCAGUUGGGAAUUCCUGCAGAGCCAGCUUGACAGGGAUUAGCCCAUCUUCUUCUUCCUGUAAUAUUCCAGGAGUUAGGACUACAUCAGAUGAAAUUUCAGUCAAAUCCAAUCAACAAAAUACUUGCAUUUAUAGCCUCAGUGCACUGAGUUACAGACCAUCCAAGAGAAACAUUAACUUGUGUGGAAAAUAAAGAAACUACAUUCUUGGUCUUCUUUGCACCUCUUCUAGGCAACUAUUGAUACAUCUCCCGUGCUUGGUCUACAUGGUACUCAACAAUAUUAAAUUUAGCUAACAAUCUUGUAUUAUGAUAUCUAGUACAUCGUACUAAAUAUGUAAUCAAGAAUGUAUGUGGUCCGUGUUUGGUUCUUGGCCUAUGGUUCAUUUAUAUGCACCUCAGUAAAGAUUUAUAUGUAUAGAUUUGAAUUAAGCAGAAUGUUUGCGAAUAUUAUUAGAGAAUAAAAAUCCAGGAAUAAUGUUGCUAUAA